CAUCCUGCUGAGGAUGGCCGAUGGUGCUGACAAAAAACAGGAGGCUUACAGAGGGAAACUGAUGUCUGCCCUCAGUCUGAAGCCGGGCAAGCAAAAGCUGCAGUGAUGGCUGCCAUCGAUGCUGGGUACCGCCACAUUGACUGUGCCUAUGCAUACCACAAUGAGAAUGAGAUUGGGGAAGGGAUCCAGCAGAAAAUCAAGGAAGGGGUUGUGAAAAGAGAAGAUCUCUUCGUGGUCAGUAAGCUGUGGUCUACUUUUCAUGAGAAGUCUCUGGUGAAGGGAGCCUGCCAGAAGACCCUUGCCAACCUGAAAUUGGAUUACCUGGAUCUCUACCUCAUGCACUGGCCUAUGGGGUUCAAGGCAGGAGAGGAGCUGUUUCCUGCAGAUGACAAAGGCAUGGCUAUCCCCAGCAACACAGAUUUUCUAGAUACAUGGGAGGCCAUGGAAGAGCUGGUGGAUGCUGGUCUGGUAAAAGCCAUUGGAAUCUCCAACUUCAACCAUGAGCAGAUUGAAAGAAUCCUGAACAAGCCAGGACUGAAGUACAAACCUGCAAAUAAUCAGAUUGAAUGCAAUCCAUACCUUACCCAGGAGAAGCUGGUGAGCUACUGCCAAUCCAAAGGGAUUGCUGUGACAGCAUACAGCCCCCUGGGCUCUCCUGACAGACCAUGGGCUAAGCCAGAGGAUCCUUCCCUUCUGGAUGACCCCAAGAUCAAAGAAAUUGCAGCCAAGCACAACAAAUCCACAGCCCAGGUUCUCCUUCGCUUCCAGAUCCAGAGAAAUGUGAUUGUGAUUCCCAAAUCUGCCUCCCCACAGCGCAUCGUGGAGAACUUCAAGGUGUUUGACUUCAAAUUGACUAAAGAGGAGAUGACAACUAUUUUCAGCUUUAACAGAAACUGGAGAGUCUAUACAAUGAGCAUGGGCAAAACUCACAAGGACUACCCAUUCAAUGCAGAAUACUGAAGAUGCUCAUAUCCUGCCCUCCUUCAGAGCUUGGUCUGAUAUUCUUCCUAUCAAUUUAUCUGACUUUCUUAUUGCAUUUCUCCUCCUGCAGCCAGUGAAGUCACAGCAUAUGUAUUCAGUGAUCAUCUUUUGUUUGUUCUUUCUGAAAGAUACAGUAAAUUUUUUCCAAAAUAAUAAAAUGGGGGCUGUAAUAAUUUUCGGUCAAAAUGUGAAUUGAGAAAUCCGCAUUUAGCGAGGGAGAGAUUUUGAACUACACAUUCACAUUUUUAAUUUAUCUUGCUUCAACACAACACGCUCAGGAGGAUAGUUGGCAGUUAUGGGAGAAAAAUCUGAGAAAUGUGAAAUGUAAAGGCCAGCAGUUUUAUCAUUCCAGAAGUAACUGAGAAAGGAGCUUUUCCUACUUAGGGAAAACUUUCUCUUGGAAAAAAAAAAAAAAAAACAAAAAAGCAACUAAAAAACUUCAGAAGCAGCAAAUACACAGGUGCGUGGUCGGCAGUAUUUUUAGCCACGUUUCCUCCUGAGGAUGUGGAUUUUCCCUGGGACAGCCCAUUCCCCAUUUCCCUGCGAGCAGCAGAGGGCGGCCAUCCCUCAGCCACUGUCCCGGCAGUGCAGGGACAUCCCUGAUGUCACACAGCCCGAGGAUCUGGCUGCUGGCACGGGCAGCUCAGCCCCCAAAGUGCCAGCAUCCCCUCAGGGCCAAAUUCUGGCUGCAGCUCCAGCCCCUCCAGCUCCAUCCACCUCCCCUUUCAGCCCAGGCACCCAUCCCACUGCCCUUGGCCCCACAGCCCCAGGGGAGAUCAGCAGGUGUUUGCCUUUGGGGCUGUGUCACCUUUCCGCUCCCAGCGCCUGGGCAGGUGACCAAAAACAAUUACCAAGUUGCACACUGGGUUUCAAGGCAAAAGAGCAAAAUCUUUGUUCAAGAAAACGAGCAUCUUAUGGACUUCUUUCCAAAAUUUCCACUUUCAAUUCAUGAAAAUGUAAUCCAAGAACGUUUGCUUUGCAGCUUCCUAAAGGAAGCAACCCAUAAAACCUUCUGUAAUCCCCAGGCUGAGGUGAGACUUAGCUCUGCUGAGAUCAAACACACAUUUUUAUUGAACAAUAAAGGUACAAUGUUACUAUGAUGCA